CAUAUCACACACAGAAGUAACAGGAGCAGAUUCAUCACAUACAACAUGUUUCUUUGCUUUCUUGUUUUUUUCCUGUGUGCAAGCACAGUGAAAUUUGUGAGUACUAAUUCAUCCACAACUACAAAACUGAUGAGCACAACUUCGACAGAAGCACCAACAACAAUAGCGACAACAAUACCACUGGAUUGCCUCCAUCUUGUGGCCACACCAGACUACCCAGUUGCUGCAGGUCUAACAGUCGAGCUACACUGUCAAACAAUAAUCCCACCACAAAACAUUAUCUGGUCCAGGUACCAACUUCAAAAUCAGAGCUGGGAAAAUGUGGGUUCGGGUCAGGUACUGCUCCUCACCGAGCCCAAACAAACUGGGAUGUACAGGUGUGAACUCCGCAUUGGGAAUGUGAAGCGCGUGAGCCAGAAUCACACCGUGUACAUCGUCUCCAUAUCAACAGCAGGAGAGAAGUUAGGAAAAGCCGCCUUUGCCUUUACUAUCUUGAUCUUGAUUGGCAUCAUUGCCGGUAUGGGUUGGUUCUUUUGGGAAAGAUCUGGCAACAAACUAAGCACUUUGGACGCUCCAAAGAAAGACGUCCCGCCGCCAUCUGAAGUGAUCCCAAAGAAUCUGCCACAGACGAGUGACGCUGAUGUUGAUGUCUACAUGAACUAUACAAGCAAUGCUCAACCCUACACUGACCUCAACCCUGCCAACCUCACAAGGGACGAUUUCUACUCCACUCUGUCAUAAAUGAUGACAUGAGUGGGUGUGGAGUCAAAUAAUUGUUUGGUUGCUAUGGUCAUCUCUGCAAUGCUGUCUGAACUUCCGUGUUUUAUGGUUUCAGUCAGAUUUAAUCUACUUUUGCGCAUUUUUUCGCAAUGUCAACGUGGUGAAAGCCUUCUGUGGUCUCUGCCCAAGUUGUCAAAAAUGUUUUUGUGAUUUUUUUUUUUCUUUAUUCCUUAUUUGUAAGCUUUGCAGUUAUCUUCAAACUAUCUUUCUGUGUUUUACUUGUUUAAGAAAUAUCUUUAAUUUAGCUCUAAAUAUUGCAAAAUGGCACAUU